GCGGUGCGGCAUUUAGACCGUGCGCCGGAUAAACUCACCCGUAUAAAGUACAGGGGGAAAAAACGCGCACUUCGCAUGGACAAAAGGACUCACAGACACCUGUGAUUUGUCAUACCUGAUACGAGAAGCAGCAGUUAUUCGCAGUAAGUUCCUCUAAGCUACUCAACAGGGUUGUUUCUUCUACCACUCCUUCUCAAAAGAGUAUGUGGCUCCUGGAGAAGAUCCGUGGCUCCGUGGAAGGCAAUGUUCUCCGUCAUCGGGACUCAGGAGACAACCAGUCCAAAGGGCCGACCCACAGCAAUGUGCUCACGCCUGAUAAGAUCCCUGACUUUUUUAUCCCACCCAAGUUGGUGUGCUGCCCCCCUGAGGCAGAUACUCCAGAGAUGAAGCCCAAGAAUGGGCUGCACUCCUCCACAUCCGAGCAGACCAUCUGCAGCAAGACGCCUCAGGGUGGCUCGCGCAGCCCACGCCUCAUCUGCAAGCUCACUGGGGACACCAAGAACUUGCUCAGGGCUGCCAACCGCCACAUUAUCCAGAUUGAGAGCGCCGAUGACUUAGCAGUGGGUGAUGUUGGUGACCUCACCACCAAUGCUGACCCUCAGUCCCAAACAGCCAUGUCCUUGCCCUAUGUACCCAAAGCGCAGACCUCCUAUGGUUUCACCACAUUGAUGGAAAGCCCUCACACCCGUCGCAAGGAGUCACUAUUCCACAGUGACCCCACUAGUCCGCUUACGUCCCCCAAUUCUCAGCGCAAGACACAAGGCAACAGCAACCACCUCAACCCAGGAGACUGCAAUACCUCGCAUUCCAACCCAUAUCGCUACUUCAGUGGUGGUGAGAGUGACACAUGCUCUUCAGCAGAGUCAUCACCGUUCAGUUCGCCCUUGCUCUCAAGGUCGGCCUCGCUUCUCAAAAUGUUCACCCAUGAGACCCAGGCUAAAGUGUCACGUGCUAAGCGCUCGUUCGCCCGCCACAGCUCUCUCUCGACAGACGAUUGCAGCUCAGUGGAGUCCAGUCCCAACAUCCAGCGGCGCUUCAGAUGUCCACCGUCGCCUGCGUUUGGAAGCCGCAAAGCAGGCGCCAACAUCGAACGGCUCACCCAGCACACGGUCAAACUACACAAAGGUGGUACAUUGCGUAUGUGCACAGACUACGACACGGAGGCGGCGCGGCUCCGGGUGCGUGUGCUUGCCGCUGAAGACCUUUACGAGAAGCAGGUCGAUGUAAAGAGCAUCAAUUGCUGUGUAUCUCUCUACCUGAACCCAGGAAAACUGCAGAAGCAGAGAAGCAACAUCAUCAAAAACAGCCGCAAUCCCGUCUUCAACGAGGACUUCUUCUUUGACUCCUUGCCUGCUGCACAGGUCAAGAACCUGGCAAUAAAGAUGAAAGUGGUAAACAAAGGCACCAGCCUGAAAAGGGACACAUUGCUUGGGGAGAGGGAGGUGCCCCUUAAAGAUCUGCUGCCUGGCUUUUAGUGGGAAAAGCAACAGACUCCACUGAACAGGAAGUAUGGACUGAAUCCAGAGCAAACAAAGUGUCCACUAUAAUGUUUCUUGUUCCUUUAUCUUGCUGUAAGAGGUGACCUUUCCUGUUCGAAGACUGAGAGCGUGUUAUUGACAAGGGUUCUGUUUGUGCACAUGUACUGAGUGUAUGUUUGGGGUGUGUCAGUAUUUGAACUGUACAUAAAGCUCUCUGUAAGUGUCCUUUUAGAAGUGUGUGUGUGUGUGGUUGUGUGUGUGUGUGUGUCUGUGUGUGUGUGUGUCAGGCUCACUAUGGCAACUCAUGUCUGAAGCCAGCGAACAUCUGUACGGCUGGCGAUGCAGCUACUCUGCACUGUGCACAUGUACAAAGAGGCUUUGAAGUGCCACAAUGGCAAAUGCAAAUGCAUGUUUGAUAUCUGGUCUGAAAUUCUACAACUUAUGUGCGUGAUAAAGACUUUUGUAUUUUGCUAUCACUGUAGUGUCAGACUUUUCCUGUAAGGCUUUUCUUCAACUUUAUCACUGAAGCAUGUGAGUGAGCUUCGUGUUGAAUUGUUCUUGCAUGUAGCUUGUUUGGUUCUUUAGCAGGUAGAAUUCUGUUUAUUUUCACUGAGGAGUUUUAUGGGACAAAUUCACCCUCCAGCCUUACGAACCAGACAAGCUGCACGUCACAAAACGAACACCUGUUCAUCUGACUUACUGUACGACAUUAAUUGAUUGCUGCUGUAAAUAACUGCCUAUCCUUGUUGUACAUGUGUAGGACAGACCUACAGUAUACUUGAGUAUUUGCACAAAUGUCUUGGCAUGUUUGUUAAAUUUCAUGUGCACACCUGAGACAAACUUGCCCAGAUAAAUGCAUAAGCUUUUUUCUUACCACUUGUUGAACUCCUUGACUGGAACGGAUCAGAUGAUCGUUAACAAAUGUAUAAAGUAAUGCCAAUAUUUAUUAUACUGUUUUAUGGAUUUGGUAUUUAUACUUUUUUAGUGUAGCUAAUUAUAAAUCCUUAUUAUAAAUCAUCUUAAUAGCAUCAGUGUAAUGGGCUGAAAAUGGCCACGGGUCCGUGUAAGCCUUCUUAUUUUUCAUUUACAGAGCCCUGUGAGCUCUUUAAUCUAAUUAGCAUUUAGGAGUCUCUGCAGUAUAGCGUGAACAAAGGCUAAAGCUGCUGUCCACAGACACUAGCGCUAGAGAAUAACACUUCUGGGCUUUUUUUUUUGUUUGUUUUGUUUAUUCUUUGAAUAUUAAAAAUGGAAUAUUUAUCAAACCACCUAAUUUAAACUUGCCUGUGAGAACUCCUGAGGGUUUGAACUGUUGGAGACAUGUUUUUGGUGCUAGAGGUGUUGGUAUUGAGAGAGAGAGAGAGAGAGAGAGAGAGAGAGAGUCAGUCAGUCAGUCAUCCAUUGUCAGCCUGUAUUUUACAUAAAGCUCAAUAAUUACACUCUAUAGAAUCUGCAGGGACCAGACCAUUUAAAAUCCAUUUCCUGGGUUUUCUGCCCAAACGUUUCUUACGUAGCUGGAACGAUUUCUAUCUCUAUUUUGAGCCUUCAUUUGCAAAAGUAAAAUUGCAGGUAUUAGAUUCCCUAUUAGCUUUACUUCAACGGCAGGAACUGUGAUUCUCAAUACGAAUAGAAGAAGUACAAUUACACAAGGGAGCAAUGACUUCUGACUGCUUGAAAUCUCACAAAUUAAAAUGGAUGUAAGAAGGCCCUGCACUCUUUGGUGGAAGUGAAAGGACUCAGCAAGGGCAUUCAAUUGCUAUUAAUUUUACUAUCCAUGCUCCUGUAGAUGAGAUUCAACUGUCUGGCGCUUGUGUUUGGAAGCCGAAUAUAAAAUAUGAAGUGCCUAUCCACUGAACUUGAUGCCUGUUCUUCUGUCUUUCCAAAUGUAGACCUCUGUGUGCAACCUUCUUUCUCCCUUAUUACUGUGUGUACAAUAGUUAUCAACACUAGCUUUAUAUACAAAGUCAAAAUAGACCGUAAUAUUGUACCUCUGAGUUCUAUAGUGUGGGUGUUGCUAUAUUUUCUGAUGCUGAAGAUGGAUAUUGUUGGUGUUGAGUGGAUGUGUUUCGUCAUCGUGGACUUUUAUUGUUUAUUCCACCCAGCCGAGAUUUCCAGCAGUGACUUUAUUUUUCGCCCAACUCCGUUUUCUGAAACUGCUUCCCGUAUAUUAAUUUCUCCAAUUUUAUAUUGAUCCUCCAAAUCCAAAGUGAAACAUGAUAUUGACCUGUCUAUUUUGGUGCCUCGUUCAAUAAAAGUUGUGUAGAUGUGA